UUGCGCGCAGUGCUGAGCGCUUCAGGCAUCAGUAUGUGAUCUAUCAGUGAAUCGUUUCCAGCUGGAGUGGAGCAAAGCUCAAAACUGAUGCGAUUAGAAGAGGACUCUAAAUGUGCCAUCCGGAGUGUUGGCUGUAAUUGAAAUUGCUCGAUUGCGCGGAAAAUGAGAAGGACCGAUGGGACUGCGUUGCCAAGCAGCUCUGUCGUGGCGGGCUUUGGAUAGUGCCUGUACCGCUUGGAGCUCAAAAAGACGGUCGCACAAAGACGGGCGGUCAGGGUUUGCCUUUUAAUACACGGGACUUUCUUCUGCCUUUGACUUGGACUUCCUCACUUGUUCAGAUCAACCCAAGGGAACUAUUUAAUUACAACUCAUGCAAUUUUAAAGAAUCGAACGCAUUUUUAAAGGAAAGAGGAUAUCAAAUAAUAUUCUGUUCUGGAUUUCAUGUGGACGCAUGUUUCCCUGGAUCGUGUUGCAAUAUGCGUUUAAAAGGAUUUUUAAACAGAAAAUAAUAUUUACCUCACUUUGGACAUUUAACAGCGCAUUGGAAUUAUUAUCUGCGGACAAUUGUUUGACGGAACGUUCGAUAUAUUUUUAUAUGUGUCGUCAAAUUUGAUAAGGGUACUUUUGCGUUAAGGGGGAUCUUUUAAUCGCAGCCGUACUUUGCGGUGUUUUAGAACAAAUGUCUGGAUACAAAUAAGUUUUUGUGACUAAAUCAUAAGGACAGAACUAGCAUUUUCUGUUAAAUUCAGUUUUGGCUUAUUAUUAAUAAUAUUAUUGUUAUUAUUACAAUUAUUCUUAUUACAUUUUAUACUACUUCAACGCAAUACAUAUGAAGCAAAUUAUUUACUAGACCAUUAAUACUAUAGACCGCUUUUGUAGAGUAUUUUAUCUUACAUUUUUAUGUUCAUUUACAAUGGGCUUAUAAUAUUAGUUUUCAUCAAUGAAUUAUAAAUAACUCUGGUUCUCAACUACAAGCAUAUAUUUUUUUUAUUGAUGGCGAUAUCACAUUAUAUGAUUUCUUUCAUGUUUUUUACAUUUUACAUUACUUGAGUUUGCCAAAGGGGAAAAAAAUUAUAAAAUAAAAUAAACUGACCGAGACUGCAGACACUGCAGCGCACAGCCAGUCGAGCUGGCUGUCAUGCGGGAUUGAUUGUGGGAAGUAUGUUUGGGGUGGAACAGUUUGGUCCACAGAUUAAUAACAGAAAUUCUGGCCACACUGAGAAAAACUUUAACCAGCCAAGAUUGAGCAUGAGCUCCCAUUACAAGAGCCCUGGUUUUCAUGCUGGAGGCCCUCAAGGGACAGUUGAGCCUGGUAUGGGCCCACUUAAUGAGCCUCCUGUGAUAGAGAUAAACAUGAACAUGAAUGGAGGAGAACAGUAUGGUGGAUUCCAGCAAAGACACUCAGAACUGCAUGGAGGAAAUCUCCAGCAACAACAGCAGGCCUCGAUGCAUGGAUUUUUUAAUGCUCAACAACCUCAUAAUCCCCCCCAUGGCCAUCAAGCACAUUCACACCAACACCAUCAACACUUUGGGGGAAAUUUUGGGGGACCUGAACCUGGGCCCUCCUGCUUACAUGGUGGUAGGAUGAUGGGUUACAACAGUGGAAUGGGAUUCACAGAGGGAUUUGACCCUCUCGCUGAGGGACAGCCAGCAGACAGCUUCUCUCAGCAGCAGUCCCAGCAGCAGCAAAGGCCAGGCUCCAUGCCUGAAUUUCAGCACCAUGGACCCUCCAGUGGAAAUCACCCUGUCCCUGCUCCAUGUCUCCCCUUGGACCAAUCACCUAAUCGUGCUGCUUCCUUCCAUGGCCUUGCUUCAGCAUCCUCCUCAUCAGAAAGUCACAAUCUGGAGCCCAGGCGAAUGCCCCCACCAGGUGGUGUUGAAGGACUUGACUACAACUAUUCUAAUGAGCCCUCAUCUGGACAUUUUGAAGUGUCUGUUCUCCCCUCUGAAUCAGACUCUCAGCUUUCCCAUUUUGGGCCUGGGCGGCAGGUGCCAGGGCCCAUUUUUCCUGGAAACCCUGGCUUGUCUCGUGCUCCUGGAAUGCAGAGCAUUGCUAAAGGACACCCCCAUGCCCCCCCUCAGCAGCAGCAGCCCUCAGCACAGCACAGUGUGUUCUUUGAACGUUUUGGGGGUGGACGCAAAAUACCAGUGGGGAUAGAGCCCGGUGCCAGACAUCCUCUCAUGCAGCAGCCAGGCUUGAUUGGCCGACAGAAUACUUGCCCUCCAUCUCUCCCACGGCUCCCACAAUCAGAGACAGGGUCUGGUAAUGCCAGUAUGCAGGAGGGCGGUGUCAUGAUGCCUGGCCAGCAUAAUCAGUUUGAAUACCCUAUUCACAGACCAGAAAACAGAGGGAUGCAUAGUUAUGGCGACCCCAUGUUCAAUAUGCAGCAGCAGCCUCCCCCUCCUCAGCAGCCUUCCAAUCAAAGGCUGCAACACUUUGAUUCUCCUUAUUUAAAUAUGGCUAAAAGGCCCAGGUAUGAUUUCCCAAAUACCGCCCAUGGCAGCGAGAGCUGUGGCAAUUGGAACAGGGGCAUUCAUAACCCAUCGGGUUUGGAGAACCACCUCUCUCCAUCAGCCUACCCUGGCCUGCCUGGAGAUUUCACCCCCCCUGUGACGGAUGGAUUUCCACCAGGCCCAUCGCUGCAGCAUGCAGGGUCUGAGCAGCAGUCAAUGCAGCAACAACAGAACGCAGCAUUGAUAAUAAAGCAAAUGGCCUCUCGGAGUCAGCAGCAGAGAAUGAGACAACCUAAUCUGCAGCAGCUGGGCCACCACACUGAUGUUCCUCAAGGGACCCUGGGACAUGGAGGCCCUGUGGGAGGCAUGCCCCAAUCCAGUUUUGAAAGAGAGAAUGGUGGGAGAAUGAUGAACUUUGAUGGACGGAACCCACACAUGACUAUGGAGAGUGGGUGGUUUCCUGGGCCACAUCCACCCAGGGAAAUGCUAGGCCAUCGCAUGGGUCCAGGUGGAGAAGUUGGAGCUCAUGAUAUGCAUCAAAAUGGCCCUGGCAUGAUGUUCAGACCUGGUGUGAAUGGAUUGGGCUUGCAGGAGCCCAUGAGGAUUCCGGGGGAGGGGCACGUGCAACCUUUACAUUCACCUAACAUACACCCGCAGUUCAACAGUGGCAUGGGGAACAUUUCACAGAUGCAGUCACCCAGCACAGGUGUGGGCUUGCCCAAUACACCAUCAGAAAGGCACCCCAAUGAUUUUUCUGGGCCACCCAUUGCUGGUCCGCCCUCUUUUCCCUAUGGAGGCUCUAAUCGACAAGGAGCUCCCCACAGUAACUCUCAAGGGGUAAGCACUUCACCAGGAAGAUUUACAUCCCAGUCAGACUUUCCCACAAGCCAGCGUUCCUCAGUCAGCAAACUGGGGGGACUGUCCUUAGGGAAUUUUAGCAAAACAAGUGGCAAGGACAAUGUUUUUGGACAGAGCUGCCUGGCAGCCCUCUCUACUGCCUGUCAGAACAUGAUUGCCAGCCUGGGGGCCCCUAACCUCAAUGUGACAUUCAACAAGAAGUCUCAGGGAGAGGGGAAACGAAAGCUGAGUCAGACAGAGCAGGACAUGAAUAACAGCAUGGUUAAUGGCACCUGUAAUGCUGGUACCGAAUAUUUCCCAAGCAUUUCUGCCCCCCAUAGUGGGCAGAUGCCUAGUGCUGUAAAUAGCAACAUUAAACCAGCAGUUCAAAAUCAGACGGUGCAGGGGGAAGCCAGCACCCUCUCCCCAAAUUACAAUAUGGAUGCUAUCCCUUGCAGUGAGGGGAAAGCAGCAACAGGGAGUGGGAGAGGGAGAGGGAGGAGAAAAAGAGAAAGUGGCCAUGUAAGCCCUGGCAUUUUUUUCUCCUCCGACAACAGUAACCCUGUUGUAAGUCCUGGCCAGCAGGUGGCCCCAGGAGUCGGUGUGGGGGAGAGAAGUACAGGCACAUCACAAGACAAGCCCCACACCUCUCCCUCAUGGGGGAAAGGGGGUGACCUGAUGAUGGGAGAUCAGGCUGACCUUAUGUCAUCUCUUGACAGUGGCAUCCAGAGUGUAUCAAAGUCUAAUGGCUGUUCGCCUCACAUGGACUUUACUGAGGACAUUGUGACACAUUACGGCAAUGAGGAUGAGGUAUCAUCAAGCUCAGAUGCUGCAGCCUCUGUGAAGGCUGGCCGCAGCCCUCUGUUAGGCUCGCCCAAGUUGCAGAGGGAUAAUGGACUAGUAGUUGGGCAGAAAGGGCAAGGCAUGGGACUCUCCAACCACACUACCUCAACAUCGGAUGGCUUUGGUGGAAUAGGCCAACCAGGCACACCGGGUAUGGAGCAAGUCCGCACACCCUCCAGCAAUUCUGGCCAGGAUGAAAUUCACCCACUAGAAAUACUGCAGGCUCAGAUCCAGCUUCAGCGGCAGCAAUUCAGCAUUUCAGAAGACCAGCCUUUAGCUUUAAAAAAUAACAAAAAAGGUAGUGACUGCAGUGGGCAAAAUGGAGAUGGAGAGCUUGCUAGCUGUAGCCCAGAUGCUGGAAAGGGUAAUGUGGACACCAUUGAUCUGGACACACUCAUGGCUGAGCAGCAUGCCACCUGGUACGUGCCCAGUGACAAGUCUCUGCUUGAGGAUUCAGAGGAGGAGAAGUCUGUGCGUGUGUGGGAAAAAAAUAAGGCCCAGGGAACCAUCAAAGAAGAUGCUGAUCUCUCUCAAAGCAAAACCACGGGUGAAGCAGGUUCCUCAGGCACCACUGAAGGUGCGGAUUCUCAUCUCCAGUGCCUCUCCGUCCACUACACAGAUGAACUUGGGGAAUCGAAGGGACGCGGUGGGCCUGUCCCAUCCUGGCGUUCCCUUCACUCGGACAUCUCGAACCGUUUCGGAACCUUUGUAGCUGCGCUGACUUGAAGAUGGAGAACUUGAGAAAACGACCAGAAUGAAGAUAAUAAAACAAGACUUUUUUUAAAUGGAGGCAGACUAAAUCAGUGUUUCUUUGUCAGGAAAAUUGUUCCCUUUUUGUAGUAAACACAAAAAACUCGAGGACUAUCACACUGAACAUAUUGUAGGAUGGUAUAUGAAGGUUGGGAGAUAUAAGACUAGUUGAUGGUGUACCAGUACUGAUGCUAAUUUUCAAUCCAUACCUCAAUAUUCCUUUAUGUCUCUAUGCACUCUGUUAUGGCUAUUCUGUUCAUUCAUUAUCAAGUGUUUUAUACUUCACUCCUAGCCUUACCGUCUUAUUCUCUUCACUGGGGAUCUCAUUUCUUCUAUGUUAGAUAUAAUUGUUCCUUCUCCUUAUUAAAUGCUCCCAUUGCUGUAUAAAAUCUAGGGUCUUUUCCUGAAUUGGUAGACCUCCCCACCCUUGGGCCAGCUAGUUCUAUUGUCAUUGAGAGACAAUGGAGAGACACUUUGAAAUUUGGUCCUUGUGAGCAUGUUGCCUACUGGCUUCUUUUGGACCAAGAAGAGGGGGGUGAAUCCUUUUAGAUGAUGUUUCAGAGACAUUCAAUGAUGGCCAUGUCUUUUUAAGCCUUCUUAAAAUGGUCCAACCCCUUCCCCAGUCUAUCCAUACACCGUUACGGAUUCAUUCAUUACUUGUAUAUCAGGUUUACUGCAUCUUCCAUGUCUCGCUUUAGAUCAGUAUGCCCAUAGGAUAGUUUCAAGAACACCCGGAUGCUUCAACACUGGUAUGCCACACAGCUAAGAGAGGAAACCUUUCGAUGUUAAAUGGAUAACAAAUAGAAAACAGAAUAUUGGUAUUGCACAUGUAAAAUAGUUUUUUUUUUUCUUCUUGCUGUGUAUUAAUCUUGUACUCUUUAGAAAAAUCAGUUGACCUUGAAAACCUGAAUACAUUUUUAGAUGGAAGGUCAUUCUGGCAACUUUGAGAUUUACAGAGGUCAUUUUGUUUUCUUUUUGCCUUUUUUUUUCUUUGUUUCUUUUCAAUUUUUAAAGUAAUAUGUAAAGUGCAGUUGUCUGUUUUCCUGCAUAUUGUAUAUAUAUAUGUAUAUGUUUUAUUGAGUAACUAAAUAACAAUAAAUAUGACGUUAA